AUGGGGAGUUCACCAUCUUCAUAUCCUCUUAAAGGGAUUGGUUACUUCUUUUCCCAUUGGAUUUUAGUUCGCAGGAUUAUUUUUGCUCUACUUCUGACGCUUGUUGUAUCCGUCAUCGCAAUUGUCUUAACUUUUGGAAUUUUCUUGGCCCUCCAAACAGCUCUUUUAACAGCUAUACUUAUCCCACCUCCAAUAGCAUUUAUCAUUGCAUUUAUUUUAUGUAUAAUUGAAUCUACAACUUUCGUUUUCAUAUUCUACACUAUUGCCACACCUUUUUGGCAAGAUAGUUUAUUUGAUGAGGUUUUAAGGUUGAGGGGCCUGGGACCAGUGUUAGAUAAGCCAAGACAAGCUAGCGGUUUUGUUUUAUGCUUUCGUGGGUUUAAGUCAGGUUUUGAAAUAAUCGUGAUUCAAGUAUUCUUUCUUAUUAUCACGUUACCUAUUCACUCGAUUCCUAUUCUUGGAUCGGUAGCAUAUUGCUUCAUCAACGGAUGGCCAUUAGCAUGGUCCCUUCAAGCCCAUUAUCAUAUAGAUAUUAAAGAACUUACGUCAAAGCAAUCAAGAAAAUUUGCAUGGGAAAAUCGAAAGGAUUAUAUUUGGUUCGGAGCAGUUGGCAUAUUUCUUGGACUGAUACCAGUUCUAAAUUUGAUAUUCUUUUGGACAAAUAUUGUUGGUGCUGCUUUGUGGACUUCUGAUGUUCUUAUUGAAGAACAGAAGCUUAAGAAUGAUAGUAUUGAAAGAAGUGUUAAUACGGACGCUGUAGGAACAUCUUAUCAAGCUGCAACAAAUAUGGAGGGCUCCGCUAUUACUGCUACUGCUGUUAAGACCUAUGGAGCUACUGACAACGCCUAA